AGGCACGAGAGCCCGCUGACAGACACACAUCUUCGGCAUCACGCCGGUGCACCUCAGCCGCUCCUCACGGAAGUCAGCGGGGUUUUGGGGUCUAGUUUGAGAUGCCACUCGACGCAGAAAAAUAAGUUUUUGACCCGAAUAAAUAAGCGGGCCGAGGAGCGCGCCCCCAGCACGACACAGAGGUGGCUGUUUUUUAAACUCACCACAACUUGGCAGUGCGCGUGCAGCGAGAGAAAACUUUCCGUUUGAAGGAAAUUUACAGGACAAAUGAGAUAAAAAAAAAUGACCCUGACAUCCGAGGCCCUAUGUUUCAAGUCCAAGUUCAUAACUGCAGAGCUGGCUCGUCUGUUCAGCCAGUCAGACAGUGAAGACGAGGAGUUUGAGGGCUUCAGCGAUGAGGAGGAAGAAGAGCAGAGAGGGAGGUUUAGCGCACGGAUGAAGAAUAAGAAGGUGGAGUCGGAGGAGGACAGUGAUGUGGACACAGGCUUCUACUCUGAUGGUGAGGAUGCUCCUCCACCCAAGAGGAGGAGUCUGUGUGUGGCUUUGAGGUUUCCCACCAAAAGAUUAUCCACCCCAAAACAGGAGCUCCCAGAAAAACAAGAUAAAAAUCCAGUUAGAAGAGGCCGUCCUCCAAAGAGGGUCGCUGAAACAAUCAAAUGUAAAAAUGAGGAGCAGGAGGAAGAGGAGUUGCUGUCUCAGAGCCUGGAGAAACGCAACAAGAACAUCCAGGAGAACAAAGCCAUGCUGGCCAAGCUGUUUGCUGACCUUCAGAGUGUGGCUGAGCUAACGCCUCCCAGUAGCCUGCAAAAGAAGCAGCACAAAUCACAGAAAGCCACAAAGAAGCGCACGCCACAGCAAGAAACACCGCAAAAACGCAACCCGUCCCGCAAGGCUCGGCCCCCUGAGAACUUCGCUGUGGAGACGGAAGACACUGAGCAGCCCCGCCGAAGAGGUUCAGGCCGCCCCAGGGAGGUAGACAUCAGGACACUGCUGCAGGUGGACGAGGAGCACGCUGUUGGCAGACAGAGGAAGAAACGCAGGUCCAGCAAGUGCAUGUACACAAAGUCAGUGGACGAGAUCACCGAGGAAGACCUGGACAACAUCGCUUACCACAGCAAAGACAAGAUCUGGGACAAGGAGAAUGGCAGCUCGUGCCACCAGUGCAGGCAGAAGACUCUUGACACUAAGACGGUGUGUCGCAGUGGUUUCUGUGUGGGGGUCAAAGGUCAGUUCUGUGGGCCCUGCUUGAAGAACCGCUACGGAGAGGAUGUACGCACCGUGCUGCUCGACCCGACGUGGUCGUGUCCCAUCUGCAGAGGGGUGUGUAACUGCAGUUUGUGCCGGAAGAAAGAGGGCCGCUGUGCCACCGGCACCCUGGUGGCACUGGCUCGCUACAACGGCCAUGACAACGUCCAUGACUACCUGAAAAGCAUUCAGGAGCAGCUGAAGUAGAGUCCAGAGAGAAGAGCGGAGUGGAAAAGUGACUAGUACUGCCUCUACUAGGACUCGAGGUUCUCAAGCUCUUGAAACUGAUGUACAGUAUCUUACUACUCAUUUUAAUGCACAUUUUAGGUGUAGAUAAGCAUUUCAUCUUUUAACUAAAGAGAAUCAAAAGAAAAACAGGCGAGUGUUUCUUUCCUUAUGUGUCAUAUUAAUGUUAGCCUCUAUAGUUGGCUACAAUGACACUGUAAAUGGUAAUUUUUUUUUUUCCCCCCUAUAUGCUGUAUAACAAGCAGGGCUUUUAAAACAAACAUACUUAACUUUGAGUUGUACAUUUUCACUGUUGUAUUUGUACUCGUGAUGUUCACAAGAACCAGUGCAACUGGUUUUAUUCUGUGUCUUAUGGAUGUAAAAGGAGCUUUUUAUGCUGUUGACUAAUUUGAGAAAUUUUUAACAGCGUUCUUGUCAAUCCACUGUAAGUUUUUAAUAAAGUAUGGCAUUACCUAAUGUA